CACGAUCUGCAAUCAAAUUAAAUGACAGCAGAUCACGGGUAUGAAAGUAUAAAUCAGCGAACAAUCUAGUAGAAGGCAAGCUCGAAAUCAGAAAUUGAAUCAUUAACAGGAUCCUAUUUCCUGUGUUAGAAGUCUUCUGGUUCAUGAGAGCAGAGAAAUUUUAAAGUUUUGAUUAGGAAGUUGAUCGGAUUUGAGUGCAGAAAGACAGUUGUAAAGAAUGGAAGGAGGAGAUUUGGAGCUUGGAAAUUUGUGGGGAUUUGCAAACGCCUUGCAGCUGACAGUCACGAUACUUCUGGGAUUGAUCAUACUCAGAGCAUGCAGGACUUGGCACUUACAAGGUUCUAGGAGCAUUCCAUCAAAAGGGUCGUUUGGAUGGCCGAUUAUAGGAGAAACUGUGGGGGUUAUCAGUUGUAACUCCAGCUACCCCUUUGAUUCAUGGCUUGCAGAUCAUACGAAGAGGUUCGGCACUAUGUUCAAGAGCCACUUGUUUAUGAAACCGAGUAUUAUUCUGAUGAAACCGGACGAGCUCAAAUAUUUCUUCGACGAUCCAGACAAGGGUCUAGAUAGUGGCGCUCCAUGGGCCUUGAAACAGAUAUUUGGGGCCAAAAGUGUCCUUGCGAUGAACGGCAAUGAGCACACGAAGAUGCAUAAACUACUCGCUGAUUCGCUAAUGAUUCCGGAAUUGAGGAAAAAACUCCCGGAGAUGGACCGACUAAUGCUGCAAUCUAUAAGCAAAUGGGGUGGUAACACUGUCGAAGUACUGGACGCUCUUCAAGACAUGCUCUUAAAAUUCAUGACUCUCAAUUUUUUCGGCAUUCCGUGGGAAGAUAAACUGGGGGCUCAAAUCGUGUCCCUUCUAUUCCCAGCACUUCUGGGGAUCACAAGUAUUCCUGUCUAUUUUCCGGGAACUACCUUCUACAAAGCCGUCCAAGCACGAAGACAACUCAACGCGUUGCUGAUGCCCAUAAUUGGGGCGUUGAGGAGCUCCGAAACUACUGAGAUCUUGAAGUAUGCCAAGUUGGAAAGGUUUCCUUACCAGAAUCUGCUGGAGCACGAGGUUGAUGGUGUGAAGUACUCAGAUGCGGGAGUCUGUGACAUCUAAGUGGGCACUAUUCUCGCUGGGAUUCACGCACCGACCAACACCAUAGCUAUAGCUCUCAAGUACCUUGUCGAGAAUCCAACCAUUCUGCAGAAAGUUCAGGCUGAGACAGAUGCCGUGCGAAAAAAAAAAGAGGAGUCUGGAGAUACAGCAUUUUCAAUUUCAGACCUGAAGGAGCUGAAGUACACCACUCAAGUAUAUCACGAGGUACUUAGAAUAACCAACAUCACGCCGGGAGCAUCUAGAACAGCAACCAAGGAUUUGACUUUUAAUGGUUACGUAAUGCCGAAGGGGUGGAGACUUCUAGCAGUUCUGAGCCCACUUCAUAAGGACCCCGAACAUUUUCCCGAGCCUUCGAAAUUCGACCCAGACCGGUUUUUGAUGCCUCCAAACCCCAAGACAUAUCUCCCAUUCGGCAGAGGUAACCGAACUUGUGUUGGGCGAGACAUUACAAAGUUACUGGUAGUCUCGACUCUGUACCACAUCUGCUCCAGAUUCACGUGGAAGAUAGUGAGCGAAGACAAGGGAAUGUAUUAUUUUCCCGUCGUUAGAUUGGCUGGAAAAUAUGAACUUGCUUUCUCACCUCGUUCUUAAUCUCGAUGUAUAUUUCACAACCAACCGGUUUAAAAUUGCUUCGAACUCCAUCCAUUCUGGCAAGGUCCAAGUUACUAAAAGUGCUGCAUAUGGCUCAAAGAUUAAAGCUUCAGCUGGAUGGUGGUCGAAUGCUGUCCGCUCUGCUGAUGUUUAUUGUAUAUGUACAUGCAACCCUCUCGAUAAAGUCUUUGAAUAAAAUCUUGGAAAAAAUUUUGCAGUCUUUACGCCAAUUUUUCUCGUCCAGAGAAGUUGUCAAAAACUGGUAACAGGAACUAGAAUGAACUAUGCAAUUAUUGUAGAGCCUAUAUUCAGAAGUCAAUUAUGACUGAACAUUC